CCCUUGUGGUUCACUAGGGAGAGGGAAGAUAUCCCCCCCUCCUCUGCUCAUCUGAACUGUAAACGAGGAUCAACUUCUCUUCUCCAACAAGAUUUGAUAAAGUGCAGUGCAGAAGAGGUGGGAAGACCAGCACGCUUCUCUGCACAAGUACACUUUGCUUUGGUUCAGGAAUCCAGCCAGCUGUAACAGAAUGUUCAAAAAAGUCACCCAAACCAUAGUAAAUCAAGUGGAACCAAGCGGAGGACUGAUCCCAGUUCACAGCAUCAUCGACCAUGAACAUUUCAGACCCCUCUGUCUAGUGAAACAAAAAGAAAAAACCAUGUUCCACCGAUCUCCCUCCUACAAACAGACAUGGCACAGACUUACCGACUUCCUGCUGCCUGGAGAAGACAAUAACAGCACAGACUCCCUCCUUCCCAGCGGAGGUGAUAAAGAAUCAAGGCAAUUUACAGUCAGAACACACACCAAUGACAGAGUUGACGGGAAUCUAAGCCUUUGUGUUGACUCUGUAAGCACAGAGCUGAAAGCAGCUGCCUCCUCGUCCAAAGGCUGGUCCAUCAAGCUGGAUAAGAACCACAUACCACUACCAAAACUCGAGGCACUGACAACAGAAAGAAAAAUUAACAUGGAUCACCCCUUCAUUCAACAACUACAGAAAACACGCGAACGUUUAUACGUGGUUCAUGAAACAAUAGAAACCUCAGAGGAGGCCUGCUACGAGGAAUCCACCACAGCAGAGGGGUGCUUGAUUGCCCAGUUGUAUGCCAAGUUUCAUGCAAAGGGCACCAGAGACAAAAAACAAAGCCUAACUAUACCCAAGGGCUGCACUCUGGCCUUCAAGGCAAUCCAGCUGGACAUUACAGACAAAUCAUGGUAUCUUCGGUAUUUCGAAGAUAGACAGUAUAUAUGUGAUGGUUUCUCAGGAGGAAAAUUAGGAGCAUUGGAAGGAGAAAUUAAAGAGAAUUGUCAAAUUCUCUCUCAGUUGUCUUCUGAUCUGUCAGUCACAUUUUUAAAAGCCAUCAAAGCUGUGAUGAGAGACAGGAACCUCUUUGAAGAGCUGAACCAUAAAAUGGACGAAGUUCUUGAUGAAACUCGUAAUUGUGAGCUGAAAACAGAAAGCCCAGACUUAAAAGACCUGUUCAGCAGCUUACAAUAUUCUUCAAGACAUCUUCUCCUUAAGCUGGCAGGAGCAAUCACCUACACUCUUGACGCUUUAGAUGAGCUAACAGAGGAUCAGCUGCUGCUGUUGCUGGAGUCCUUGGAAGAGAAGGCUGUGUCCCAACAGCUUAAGCUGAUUGGGAUCAUCUUGGAACACAGGAAUGUGCAUCUCAACCUGGAUGACAGCUUGCUCUCCUCCUCACAACAGAAGGUACAAAAAAUAACCAUUGCAAUGCUUGAGAUGAGUGGAGUGAAAUUCCAGAAAGAUGGAUCUGCUGUCUGUAUGGAAGAAGCCUUCUCGGCCACAGCAGCCCUGUAUGUGUCUCUGUACAUCCUCAGUGUUCUGAGUAACUCAAAUUAGGUUACAUGUGUCCCCCCAUUAGGGAUGAUUUAAAGGUAACACUUAACAAUGCAUUUGAGAGCCUGUUACUGCAAGCCAGUUGCUCUUUCCAAAUUUCAUCCCUACACAGGCAAGGUACUCACUAAUGCUGCUUUGAAACGGAUGCAAAAAGACUUAAGGCAAGAAAACUUAUAGAAGCCAAAACCGCUUUUUCUUUCCCCGCAUAUGAAUGGGGAGUGCCAACUGAAAAAAUACACUAGCCCAAACAAGCCUGGUAGUUGCACCUUAUGCGAUCCUGCUUUUCCUAGAAAACGGUAGCACACAGCUGCUCAUGCUAUCAAUAACAUGUAAAGGAACAUGUCAGCAAUAAUGUACUUAUCCUGGUCACACUUGUGGUUCCUUUGUGAUUCAAUAAGCCAGGAAAUGUUAGAAAGCCAUAGGAUCUGAGAACAUUUUAACGAUGCAGACCUGAUAAAACAGCACCUCUAUCACAGAAUUACGCACCCCAGCAAGCAAUAAAUUACAGUAUUUCAGAACAAUACUACAAAUACUUUGAUUACUACUUCAUAAAUAAAGAGAACAACUUCUUACUGAA